UAUGGAAUCAAUUAUGUCAAAAUUCGAACAGAAGACAAGGAUUAGAGCCGAACAUAAAACUCAAAGGCAGCCCAGACAUUUUAGUCUCAAGAAAAGAUUCAAACUGAAGAGCAAGCUUUGAAAAAUAAAGAGAAGAGCACUAAUGAGUCCAAACCAAAAGAACCUAUCCUUUUUCUGUAGGAGAAGAAAAGUAUCCAAAAUGGUUUCAAAGAAUAAUUCAUUUUCAAUGGCUUCAAAGGAUGCAAGAAAAAGUGUCCAAAAGAGGAGAAAGUUGCCAAAAGUUACAUUGGCUCGUCCUUCUGAUAUAUCUGCAAAGAGUCCAGCUCCUAAGCCUAGCAUCAACAUAUUCGACACCGCGGUUGAUCAAGUCAAUGGAAAUAAUGAACAGAGGUAUAUGACUAUUAUUCAAAAGGUCCAGAAUGCAGUUGGUAAAAGACAGUCAGGGUUUAACUCUCCAAAUAUUCUCAAAAGGUUCUUAUCAGGCCAGUCACUCUCCAAUACUCAAGGCUAUGAGAAUGAAGACAAUGUGUCCCCAAGAGCUAAAGAUCUCUUCAGCCUGGACGACAUCAGUCAAACCUCCAAGCCAUGUACGGCCAAGAACCUGAACUUCAGAGGCAAGCUUAUAAAAAUUUCCUGCAGAAAGUGGACAUAAAGCUUGAAAUGUUCUCAAUUUACUAUAUAAAAUUUAA